GUAGGGGGAGGAAAGGGGGCGGAAAGAGGACGGAAAGUGAAAGGCACAGAGCGCCUCUCUGUCCCCCGUCUGGCUCAGUUCUCGACUGCUCCGCGCCGCCGUGGUAUUGUGGGAUCGCGGCGCGGACCUAGAGACGCGGGGAUCCGCAGGGGAGCCCACUCGAGAGCGCCUCCUGUCGUCGGAAGGCUGCCCUGCCAUCCUCAGCACCCCAACUCCUCCCUCCCCCCCAUCGCCGCCUCCUCCUCCAUCCUCCAGUUCAAAAUGGCGACGGCGGCGGCAGCGGCGGCGGCGAUGGCUCCUCCGGGCUGCCCAGGUUCGUGCCCCAACUUCGCCGUAGUCUGCUCCUUCCUGGAGCGCUACGGGCCGCUGCUAGACCUGCCCGAGUUGCCGUUCCCCGAGCUGGAGCGGGUGCUGCAAGCGCCACCGCCGGACGUCGGCCACGGAGAAGUACCAAAAGAAUUGGUGGAGCUCCAUUUGAAGUUGAUGAGGAAGAUUGGCAAAUCUGUUACAGCAGACAGAUGGGAAAAAUACUUGAUCAAGAUAUGCCAAGAAUUUAAUAGCACCUGGGCCUGGGAGAUGGAGAAGAAGGGCUAUCUUGAAAUGAGUGUUGAGUGCAAACUAGCCCUCUUAAAGUAUCUCUGCGAGUGUCAAUUUGAUGACAAUCUUAAAUUCAAGAAUAUUAUUAAUGAGGAAGAUGCCGACACUAUGCGUCUUCAGCCAAUUGGGCGAGACAAGGAUGGCCUCAUGUAUUGGUACCAGUUGGAUCAAGAUCACAAUGUCAGAAUGUACAUAGAAGAGCAAGAUGAUCAAGAUGGCUCUUCAUGGAAAUGCAUUGUCAGAAAUCGAAACGAGUUGGCUGAGACUCUUGCGCUCCUGAAAGCACAAAUUGAUCCUGUACUAUUGAAAAACUGUAGCCAACAGGACAACUCUUCUCGGGAAAGUCCUACCUUAGAGGAUGAGGAGACUAAAAAAGAGGAAGAAACACCUAAACAAGAGGAACAGAAGGAAACCAAAAAGACAAAAGAAGAGAGGCCAGUGGAUUCAGUAAACCACUCUACAGCCAGUGUUUUAGAAGAGACUAUUUUUCAAGUUGAAAAAGAUGAUGAAAAGGAACUUAUAAAACUUCCAGUCAUUGUAAAGCUAGAAAAGUCUUUGCCAGAAAGUGAGGAAAAAAAGAUUAUCAAAGAAGAAAGUGAUUCUUUCAAGGAAAAUAUCAAACCCAUUAAAGUUGAAGUGAAAGAAUGUAGAACAGAUCCCAAAGAUAGCAAAGGUAGCAUGGAGAAGGUAGGAGCACAGGAACCCGAGAGGUUAGAAUUUGGUGGCAAUGUCCGAUCUUCUCAGGACAUUACAGAAAAAUCUACUGAGGAGACUGAGAAACUUAAAAAUGACCAGCAGGCAAAAAUACCACUUAAAAAACGAGAAAUUAAACUGAGUGAUGAUUUUGAUAGUCCAGUCAAAGGACCUCUGUGUAAAUCCGUUACUCCAACAAAAGAAUUUUUGAAAGAUGAAAUUAAACAAGAGGAAGAGACCUGUAAAAGGAUCUCUACAGUCACAACUUUGAGUCAUGAUGGAAAACAGCUGGUAAAUGGAGAAGUUAAUGAUGAAAAGGUAACUUCAAAUGUUAAAACAGAACAAAUAGAGACAAAGUUUUCUGAUACAAAGGAAGAUAUCUGUAGCAGCCUUUCUAAGGACAGAAGUGUCAUCAUGGAAGGAAAUGGAGCCGAGUGCUUAAAUUCUGUCCUAACCAGUACUAAAAUACAUGAUCUUGAGAUAGAAGUGGUCCCUUUAGGGAAAGUUGAAGAUAGUGCAGGGUCAGUUGUAGGGACUCACAGUCAGAAAGGGCUGUUAGAGGAACCUGGUCUUCCAGAAAUGGAAACUUCUCUCAAGUCUUCUGAAAUAGCAAAGGAUCUCUCUUUAAAAACUGCUUUAUCUGCCACUGAAUCCUGUACCAUAAAAAUUGAAGAGAAGCCCCCCAAAAGUAAGAAAGAUAACCACCCACCAAUCCUGGAAAGUCUUGAAAAAGUAGAGAAGUCCAAAAAGACAUUUCUUGAUAAGGAUACACAAAGAUUGAGUCCAAUACCAGAAGAAGUUCCAAAGAGUACUAUAGAAUCAGAAAAGCCAGGCUCUCCUGGGGCAGCUGAAAAUUCCCCACCGUCUAAAAUGACUGACCAUUGUGAGAAACUAGCUUCAGAAAAAGAAGGGGUAGAAUGUCAAAGUAUAAGUUCUGUUGAAGGUCUGGAAAAAACAGCCCCAGACAUUCUAACAGAAGAUUCUGAUUCCAUGAAGGUGGAAAUGGAUAAUCUGGACAAUACCCAGACCUCUGGCUUAGGUGAUCCUUCUGAGACAAAGGAUUCUGUGCAAAGAAGCAAAUUUAAAUAUAAGUUGGUUCCUGAAGAAGAAACUGCUGCCUCAGAAAAUACAGAGAUAACUUCAGAAAGACAGAAAGAAGGUAUCAAAUUAACAAUUAGGAUAUCUAGUCGGAAGAAGAAGGCAGAUUGUCCCCCUGAAAUUCUAGAACCAGAAAGCAAGCAAGAAAAGACAGAAAAAGAAGAAGAGAAAACAAAUGUGGGUCGUACUUUAAGGAGGUCUCCAAGAAUAUCUAGACCUACAGCAAAAGCAGCUGAGAUCAGGGAUCAGAAAGCUGAUAAAAAAAGAGGUGAGGGAGAAGAUGAAAUAGAAGAAGAGUCAGCAGCUUUGCAAAAAACAGACAAAAAAGAUUUGAAAAAAACAGAGAAGGAUACGAAUUCUAAAAUAAGCAAGGUAAAACCUAAAGGCAAAGUUCGAUGGACUGGUUCUCGAACACGUGGUAAAUGGAAAUAUUCCAGCAAUGAUGAAAGUGAAGGCUCUGACAGUGAAAAGUCAUCUGCAGCUUCGGAAGAGGAAGUAGAAAAGGAAAGUGAAGAAGCCAUCUUAGCAGAUGAUGAUGAACCAUGCAAAAAAUGUGGCCUUCCAAACCAUCCUGAACUAAUUCUUCUGUGUGAUUCUUGUGACAGUGGAUACCACACCGCCUGCCUCCGCCCUCCUCUGAUGAUCAUCCCUGAUGGAGAAUGGUUUUGCCCCCCUUGUCAACAUAAGCUGCUGUGUGAAAAAUUAGAGGAACAGUUGCAAGAUUUGGAUGUUGCCUUAAAGAAAAAGGAGCGUGCUGAAAGAAGGAAAGAACGCUUGGUAUAUGUGGGUAUCAGUAUUGAAAACAUCAUUCCUCCACAAGAACCAGAUUUUUCUGAAGAUCAAGAAGAAAAGAAAAAAGAUUCAAAAAAAUCCAAACCAAACUUGCUUGAAAGAAGGUCAACAAGAACACGGAAAUGCAUAAGCUACAGAUUUGAUGAGUUUGAUGAAGCAAUUGAUGAAGCUAUAGAAGAUGAUAUCAAAGAAGCUGAUGGAGGAGGAGUUGGCCGAGGAAAAGACAUCUCCACCAUCACAGGUCACCGUGGGAAAGACAUCUCUGCUAUCUUAGAGGAAGAAAGAAAAGAAAAUAAACGACCCCAGAGGGCAGCUGCUGCUCGACGGAAGAAACGCCGGCGUCUAAAUGAUCUGGACAGUGAUAGCAACCUGGAUGAAGAAGAGAGUGAAGAUGAAUUCAAGAUCAGUGAUGGAUCUCAAGAUGAAUUUGUUGUAUCUGAUGAAAACCUAGAUGAAAGUGAAGAAGAUCCACCAUCUAAUGAUGAUAGCGACACUGAUUUCUGUAGCCGCAGACUAAGGCGACACUCCUCCCGGCCAAUGAGGCAAAGCAGACGUUUGCGCAGAAAGACUCCAAAGAAAAAGUACUCUGAUGACGAUGAAGAGGAAGAAUCUGAGGAGAACAGUAGAGACUCUGAAAGUGACUGUAGCGAUGAUUUUAGUGAUGAUUUUGUAGAAACUCGGCGAAGGCGAUCAAGGAGGAACCAGAAAAGACAAAUUAACUACAAAGAAGAUUCAGAAAGUGAUGGCUCCCAGAAGAGUUUACGACGCGGCAAAGAAAUAAGGCGAGUUCACAAGCGCAGACUUUCCAGUUCAGAGAGUGAAGAGAGCUAUGCAUCCAAGAACUCUGAAGAUGAUGAGCUAUCUAAAGAAUCAAAACGGUCUGUUCGAAAGCGAAGCCGAAGUACAGAUGACUAUUCAGAAGCAGAUGAGGAAGAGGAAGAGGAGGGCAAACCAUCCCGAAAACGCCUACACCGGAUUGAGACGGACGAGGAGAGCUGUGACAAUACUCACGGAGGUGCAGAUCAGCAUACCCAUGACAGCCAGCCCAGGGUCUUGCCCUCAGAGCAAGAGAGCACCAAGAAGCCCUACCGGAUAGAGAGUGAUGAGGAAGAGGACUUUGAUAAUGUUGGCAAAGUAGGGAGCCCUUUGGACUAUAGCUUAGUGGAUUUACCUUCUACUAAUGGACAGAGUCCUGGCAAAGCCAUUGAGAACUUGAUUGGGAAGCCAACUGAGAAACCUCAGACCCCCAAGGACAACAGCACAGCCAGUGCAAGCUUAGCCUCCAAUGGGACAAGUAGUGGACAGGAGGCAGGGGCACCAGAAGAGGAAGAAGAUGAGCUUUUGAGAGUAACUGACCUUGUUGAUUAUGUCUGUAACAGUGAACAGUUAUAAGACUUUUGUUUCCAUUUUUGUGCUAAUUUAUUCCACGGUAGCUCUCACACCAGCGGGCCAGUUAUUAAAAGCUGUUUAAUUUUUCCUAGAAAACUCCACUACAGAAUGACUUUUUAGAAGAAAAAUUUCAACAAGUCCUGAAGUCUUUCUGUGAAGUGACCAGUUUUGAACUUUGAAGAUAAAUAAUUGCUGUAAAUUCCUUUUGAUUUUCCUUUUCCAAGUUCAUGGUCCUUGGUAAUUUCAUUCAUGAAAAAAAAAUCUUAUUAUAAUAACAACAAAGAUUUGUAUAUUUUUGACUUUAUAUUUCCUGAGCUCUCCUGACUUUGUGAAAAGGGUGAUAAGAAUGCAUUCCAAAUCUGUGAGGGCCAAAAAACAGAAUCUAGGGGUGGGAGAAAGCACUUGUGCUCUAGCUUUUCAUAUUAAAUAUAUAUUAUAUUUAAACAGUCAUGCAUAGAUAAUGAUUAGCAGACCAUUUCAAAGCUCACAUCUGAACUGUUGCCUCCUUGAGAAUUGUAGAUAACAUCAUACAUAAGUCAUUUAGUAAUAGCCUUUGUGAAAUCAACUUGUUUACUAUUGGAGUUACCACAUUUUAAAUAAAGAAGAGACCGUGAACAUACCAUCGUAAAAAAAAAAAAUCAACCUAAGUUCCUGUUAUAGUGGAGUUUCUUGUUAACAAAAUCAUCUGAAAAGCAUUUGAUCAGUAAAAUCAAUAAUGAAGCUUUGACAACCAGAUUGUGCUAGCAACAAAGUUUUUAAAAAUAGCUUUAUGAAGUGGUAAAAGGUGGCCUUUUAUAUACUGUGUCUCAAGGGGAAUUAAUGAAAUAAAUAUGGUCUUUCUUAAGACCUAGAUGGACUGUAAACAUUGCCAAUAAUAUAACUGUUGUCUUUUGGCCACUUGUAUUUAAAUAUCUGAAGUUCAUUUUGAAGAAAUACAUCUAUAUGUAACAUACAUAAAGAGAUGCUAAGCUGACAAUGGUAUUUUAGCACAUUUGAAGACUGGGAAGGGAUUUUCAGGUGAAUUUUAACUGGUUAUUCUUGCCCUUAGUAUCUACUUCAAAUUGAAGUCUACAAACAAAGCAGUUCCUUUGGGAGGUUUUUAGUUUGAAUUUUAGCAUGUGUGUGUCUGUGUGCCUGCACGUGCCUCUAUGUGUGUGUGUGGGUGGGUGUGUGUGGGUGUGUGUGUGUGUGUGUGUUGGCAUUUCCUAUCUGCCUGGAUAUACUAGCAGGGUCUGAAUGUAGUUUUGGCCUUAGGUCAUUAGUCUUCUAUUAAAAUUCAUUAAUAAUCACACAACUAUCAUAGAGUUGAAGGAGAACCACCAAUAUACUUAAUAGGCAUGACAUCCAUUUUAAACAUCUCAACACUUUAAAGAAAGGUAAGCCCUUUCUUUCAAGAAAAGGUGGAAUGUAACUAAAUAUCUAACAUGAUUGACACUAAAAUAUGAACUUUAUCUUUAGUUUCUGUUACAGCUGUAAAAUUUCAGGCAGAGCCAUAACAUUGUACAGAGUAUAGCACUUGUGAUUAAUCCUUGCCUGUCACAUUCUGAAACCUUCACCCAUGACUUCUGUGAGUACUGUUGCUCUGGGAUUUGGAUUUUUCUAUCCCAGUGUUGUGUCUGUUGCCGGCAAUGGACACACCAUAUCUGCUGCUGGCCCAAGGAAUUUUAUUUUUCUUUCCAAAUUAAGCAUUGUAUGUGCUAGUCAGUGAAUACUAAAGCACUUCUCUUAUUAUUACAGAGCUGGCAUUAGACUUGCAUAUACUUCUCUAGAGUCUUUAUGUUCCUACUUUUCCUUUCUCAACAAGUGUUACCAUUAUAUCUUAUAUGUUGGCCUUGAAAAUUUAUAGCUGUUGUUUUUCAGUUGUUUUUUUGUUUCACUUUAGUUCUUUAGCACCUGCCCAUUAACAUUUUUGCUUUGAUUCUAGCUAUGUAUAUGUAUCUGUAUAAAAAAAUAAAAUAAUGAAAGCAGCCUAAAAAUAGGAUGCAACAAUAACAUGUGGUUCCAAGUAACUUGUGAUUUUUAUUUUGAGAGAAUGUUCCACUGGAAGGGAGGGAAGGGCUUACAUUUAAAGGCAGUGAGGCAGGGCUAAAAUGGAGCCACAUUCACUUACUAAUCCCCCUUUCUAGCUUGUUUUAUUUAUUUGAAAGUCAGCUAAGGAUUUUAAACCUUUUAAAAUAUCUAAACAGGCAGGCAUAAGGAUUCCUACUAUGUAGUGUAAGGUAAGUGUAAAUGUAUAAGUGGCCUUUCCUGCUCCAAACUCUGUCUCUACUGUUUUAGUCCUGCAGCCGGGUAAAGCCACUAUGAUGUAGAAACUCUGUGCCCUGUCUCUACCUCUGGACACAUCAGCUCCUGCUUCUACCUAUUAAUUCUCCUUAGUUAAGCGGAUGAUCACUAGUAUUAAAUGAGUAGGUAAUUUAACAGAAUGCUUAACAUGACAUAAGGAGUUCUUUUUACCCUUCUGCUCUGGAAAGUUCCAAGUAAUUUUUAUAGUUAAGACUGAGUUUUCCAUUUUGCAGAUGUCCAUUGACAUGGGUUAUGAAACCACUUGUGUUGCCUGGUACUUACCAACCCUUAAGUAAGUGUUUAUCAACUGUGGUUCAUCUACCAAGAAUAUAAUUCAGGAAGCUAAUAAACACUAUGCAGAUAGAUAAAGUUCUGCUGCUUUUUUCUUUUCUUUUGUGGUGGUGGUGGUGGUGGUGGUGGUGCUGGGGAUUAAACCCAGGACUUCGUGCAUGCUAACCAAGCAUUGUCCCAAUAAGCUAAGUCCCCAGACCUGGUUAGUGUUUAGAUUCAGUCCUACAGAGUCUGUUAUCGCUCAGAUAUAAUUACUCUGAAGAAUUUUGUUAAUGUUAAAUUAAAAAUUAGAAGAAAUGUUCUGUAUCCAAGGACACAAUACAUUCAUUAGGAAAAUAAAGGAAAGCAGUAAUUCAUGUAGAAUGUAGACCGUCUUGGAUCCUUAUUAGGGCACUAGCCAUGGAUUUAGAUUCACGAUAGUUGCUAUAUAAUAGAGCCCUUUUAAUAAUAAAAGCUUUUUAAAAAAUACAAGUUGGGCUCCCAAUAUCAAACUCUAUAGUCUACAGCAAAUGUAUUAUGGGGAGAUGUAGUUUUAGUAUUCAGACAGUUUAGUCUACAAUUUCUCAAAGAUCUGAUAAGUAGCCAAACUUCCACAAUGCAAAAGCUUUGAAUUGAAAUAUUACAUGAAAAGGACUCAGACUGGUUCUAUACAUUUGUGUUGAUGAUAAUGCUUAGUGUAAAACAUUUUUCAUUGUUGGCACAUUACUGCAAAAUGACACCAGACAUAUUUUCAAGAAUAUUGAGGUUGGAUUUCUUUGGCAUCCUUUUCUAAUUGGUCAAGGUUGAAGAUUUAAUGAAUAAAGAGUUUCACUUAGAAUAAAUUCAUGUCUACUGGUAGUGUUUUUUAAAAAGCAAUCUGCCAAAGAACCAAAAAUUUUGAAUGCUAAUGAAGUUGUUGAGGAAAAACCCCUUAAUUUUAAAUAAUAUUAAUAAAAAACUAAAGAAUAUUACUAUCCAAUUUUCACUUUUUGUUGCUAGAACCCAUCCUAUAUUUUUAAAAUUAUUUUUAUUAGUGCCUAUUAAUUUUACAAAAUGCUGGGUCCCAUCCUAUAUUUAAGCAAAAUACAUAAUGUUAAGAAAAAUGUGGACAUUACUUAUUUAAAUUGAGAUUUAAAAUGAUGAGAAAAUGUAAGUUAUUUUUUAAGUGGGAAUUUCCUUUGUCACAAGGAAUUCACAAUUAUUUAUGGGCAUCAGAGAUGUUAACCAUUCAGUAGUUUGUUUUACCAUACAACUCUAAAGAAGCUAAUGAAUGUACAAAUUUAAUAUUCAGAAAAAGUUGUGAACUCCCUUCUUUACCAACACAGUGGAACGUGUCUUUAAUUCAUGGUGUUGCCUCACAGCUUCUGGUAUUCAAAAACCCAAAUCUUUUUUCAAGUGGAAUAUCCGUGUGUGUGUGUGUGUGUGUGUGUGUGUGUGUAUAUGUGUGUGUGUGUAUGUGUAUGUAUGUAUAUAUAUAUAUAUAUACAUUUUAGAAAUUAGAAGAAAUAAUCCAUUGGUAAUUUCUUAUAAAAAGAAAAAUUGCUUUGAAAUUGAUACAAAACUAUGGAUAUUUAAUUACAGAAAGUCUAGAGUAAAACAGUUUUUCUUCUUGGUGUGACAUUCUCAAAAUAUAUUCCUGGUUUUCCAAGAAGCAGAGAAUGCCAAGACUGUAUACCUGCUGUAACCUUUCUGGUCCUCAUUCUGCUUUAUAUGCUCAUAGGAUACAAUCUGUUCCUACUUUAUCCACCAUUUCCAGUUUGUACCUGUGAACCUACCUUGGAAGAAGCAAGUAAAGUGAUUUUUUUUCUCCAUUAUUUUUAUACCAAUCCUGAAAGACCAGGCCUUUUGCAGUCAAUGUGUUUAAACUGGGUUGUGUUAUUUGGUUACUUAUGGAACAUACAUUUUGAUAAUAUUUCACUCCAAUAAAUUAAGACUUUGAGUGCCAAGAAUUGCUAAGUAACUGUAACAUUGAAAAGUCACUCCCAAGUAAACAUACGUUCUAAAAUAGUAAAUUUGUUAUAUAACCACUUCAGAUUGUACACUUAACUUUUUUUUUUUUUCAACUCAUGUAGACCCUUUCAGAAGUUGAUUCAGAAUAUGGUCAUGGUCACCUUAGUGGAUUUUGUUCCCUCGUUUUGGUCAUGUGAGUUCAAUAUUUUUAAAAUUUCGUAUUUAUACUAAUACGCUUUGGGAAAGGCUGUAAACUCAAUUUUGGCACAUUGUAGAGGUUUCAGUUAAUGAAGUUGUUAUUUUUAUCCUAAGGACUUUAAGGUAUCCUAUAUAAGAUAUGAGAGGGCAUAACAGAUCAUUAGAUGGGUAGAAAUUUAUUAAAAUCUUUAGAUAUUAUGAAUGAGAAAAAAUUUUUUUACAGGAAUUACAUUUGUGUUUUUUGCCAAACCAGACAAGCAAGAAAAUAUGCCUAGGACUGAAUAACCUCCCUUGUUCUUUUUGCCACUGGAUUAUGUAAGUUAAGAAUGGAAUUGUUUACCCUAACUAUAUAUUUCUUGACUUCCAUCCAUUUCUAAGGAAAUCUAAUUUAAGUUUUGGGGUUUUGUUUGAUCUGUAUUUAUUGAGUUCUGGUCAUAGACCAGGAGCCUGCAUGACAUGCUUAUUGACAGCCAGAACACAGUCAUUGGGGAACUUAAUGGCUCAAAACUUUCUGAAUAGUUUUAACUUAUUUUGUAUGUUGCAAAAAAAAAAAGAAAGAAAAGUUUUAAAAAAAAGUUUAUUUUGCUUGAGAGUCACAUUUUUUUAUAACUGUACAGCUUUUAAGGGAUGGGAGGUGGGAAAAUACCCUAAAAUAGGAUGUAGAUUUUUACAAUUGUGUUUAUGGUAGAACAUCUGCAGGUGCAUUAUGUAAUUAAACCUAAAAUUGUUUUAACAAUC